GUUGCUCUUUUCUUUCUGUGUGCUUCAAUUAGCACAAUGCCCAUUUGGUCAUACAUCGUCAUAUUGCGUUGAUGAAUUUAAGCAGUUACUCAGAUCUAUCAUUGACAAUUGGAAGACUAGGAGGAUCUCGACGUCUUCAAGGAUGAAAUGAUAUAAUCAACACCACCCUCCGCCUUCACCCAGCCAACAUGGUUCAGUACUUCCCACGGCUCAGGACAGGAGUCGCUGGGCCGGCAAAAAGGGUCCCCUCGCUACUGGGUGGCCCUGGUAGCAGGGGCAUCAAGAUGUCCAAGCUCGCCUCUGUCUCACUAGACAGGAAGCUGGAGGGCCAAAUCCCCCAGCAUGUCGCGUUCUAUCCACCUUUUACCCCCAAGGGCAGAGAGCAGAUUACGCACCUCUUCUCCCACGAUAUCGGCAUCUACACCGAGAUGAAGGCAGCGAAACACCUCAGGUGGAAUGGCAUCGAGGUCAAGACAGCACGGCGUCAUGUCGUGCACCUGAACGACCUGCGGUACUUCACCGAAGCCGGACAUGCCUUUGCGGAAUCCAUUGUCAGAAGGCUUCUAGCUGAUUGCGAGAAGCCGCUGUGGUCUGUCACAUCGCCUCGAGGCGAUGGCAACAAGCCAAUCGUCAGGGGACUGGCGAAAUAUCGGAUCAAUACGGCGCUCAGGCAAGCCCUCCGGAACGCCGGGUAUUAUAUGGACGGGCGAAGACUAUCUGGAGAGGAUCUGCAGAAGCAGGCCCAAAUACUCGGGAGGCCGGUCGCUCAAGAGGCCCGGAGAAGGGGAAUAUUACAGCUGUUUGCAUCUGGAGGAAGAACUAGGGAGAACAUCUGA